AUGGCUAUUCACGUGGAGACUUUUGAAGAUCUCCGAAACGAGAUCGAACAACUACGCUCUGAACAACCUACAUUAAAUUCCCAUGAAAUCUGGGAGUAUUUAGUCAAAAGUUCGGAGAGGCAAAAGCCACUGGAAGAGAUUACAGUGGAAACGUGUCUGGUAGCGCAUUUCGAUUACCCUGAGGAAAGAACUGUCAAAUUAAAGGCCAAGAAAGCCGAUCCUGAAUUUUCAGAGAGCGAUAAUAAAGGUCUCAUGGAAUUUCUUAAGACCAGACCGACUAGCACCAAGCCUAUACUGUCGGUUACAAAAGAUACAAAGUCUGAAUCCGAAGAUAUACAGUCUGACUCUAAAGAUACACAAUCUGAAUCCAAAGAUAUACAGUCUGGCUCUGAAGAUACACAACUUGACUUAAAAGAGAUACAAUCCGGCACUGAAGAUACAGAAUUCGGUUCUACAGAUACAGCGACGAAAAUCGAUCAGUGGGUUUCCCAACGCGGAAAUAUUGUUCUCCAACUUCUUAAACAUAUCGAUCCUGGACGAACAUUCGAGUAUUUAGACCAUAAAUCAUUGUUUCGACGCAUUCACAAGCUAAGAUUAGGGCAGCCUAAAUCAAGCUCUCGUCAAAUUUGGCGACGUCUUAACGAGGAGCUAGAUAGUCAGAAUUUGUUGGAAGAAGCCGUUGUAGAGGCUUGGCUGGUAGUGGGAUUUGAUUAUCCUAUGCAUAAAACAGUUCAGCUCAAGGCUCAUGAGAGCCAUGUGAGACAAAAGGAUUUAGAUCGAGUGAAUAAGGACCUAUCUGUUAAUAGAUUUAUGAGAAGGUGGUACGAUUAUCUCGUGUCCAAUCCUAACUUUAAAAAAAGAGUCGAGGAUUUAGAUCGAGCGACUCUUGAAGAGAUCCAUGACCUAUGGUCCCUUCACCGUGGUUCAAGCUCUCGUUGGAUUUGGGGAGAGCUGAAUAAAAAACCAAAUGGGAUGAUGCCAUUAAAAGAAAUAGUUGUGGAGGCUUGUUUAGUAGCAAAUGGGUUUCCAUUGGAGGACACUAUCCAGUUGAAGAAUCAAGAGAACCGGUGGUGGCAGGAAACCGAAAUUCUUCGAUAUGAUACCAAAGAUAGCACUUUUCUAGCCUCGAAAUUAGGUGAAGGAAUGGAGUCUAUAGUGCUAAUCAACAACAAGCUGAACCUUAAAAGGGUUGUUCAGGACAUUAAAGAGCUACGUCAUCGCCAACCUACAUUAAGUCCUCGUCAGAUCUGGGUCGAUCUCGACAAAUCAGGCUAUUGGCCGGCACCAUUGCUCGAAAUCGCGGUAGAAGCUUGCUUGAUCAAAUUUUGUGGCGUUCGUCCUGAAGACACCACACAACUUGAGACGUUAGAUCAUCACGAAGUGUCUGGGAAGAGGUUCCUAGACAGGGUUCUGGAUUAUUGUUUUGGCUCGCAUAAGCUCGGAAAUGCUAGCUGUGGAUGCUGGGCUUCCGCAAAGAUAGUAGAGAAGAGUGAAAUCGAUCAUUAUCGGAAGAAUGGAAGAGUCAAGGUAGACCCAAAGACCAGUCGUGCAGUUGGAUUAUUGAGGAUCAUGCUCGAUACAAAAUAUACUAUCAAGAGUUUCUUACCAAUAAACACACCCACGGCAUUAGCUAUCAUGCCAUAUCGGGAGAUGAACGCUAGUCAACGAGUUUACGCACUAUUUUAUGCUGAGUGGGAUGCAUGGAUGGGACCAGGACGUCCAAUUCAUCCUCCAAUCGAUUAUGUCGCGGGUGUUGAGAGAACUGCUAUUCUUGAUUCAGGCGACUAUGAAGAUUGUCAAGAUGAACUUCCUAUAUGGACUCCAGGAAACACCAACAGUUUCGAGGUACAUGUACAAUGCGCAUUAAUAAGUCCGUGUUGGGGAUACCGUGGUUCACUUGAGUGGUUGGUGUACGCUUUAAAACGAACACGAGACCCUGACACAAUCAGGAUGAUUAAUAGUGUUAUCGCCGGAUUCUAUGGUCUUAAAAUGUAUCAUAUGGGAAGUGGCUUUAUGGAAUAUCACAACUGGCAUAAUAAUUGGUUCCAUUCCUUUCGAGUUUCCCAUGGAAUCGUCGCAUUUGUGAAGGAAAAAAAAAAUUCUCCAGAGGUCAUGUGGGCGGAGAGAGAUGAAGAGGGAAAGUAUAUAGCACAUUAUGAUGCCGUUCUAAUGCCAAUAGGAGUAUCGACACCGGUGCUCAAAGCAAGGGAUAAAGAAGGACCGGCCGGUUGGGAAUUUGGAACUUUUGACCAUGGACGAUGGGCAUCCCAAGGAGUAAAAUUCUAA